AGCUGUGCAAAAGUGAUAGCAGACUAACGGGAAGACGCGUGUGGUUCCGUAUUUUUCAUUAAAUUUCACCAGUUUGAAUACGCUUAUUCCUGUUAAUUGUGCUGCAUCGCAUCGGCGGUCAAAAUCCGCAAAGCAAUGUCGAAAAGACGUAUCGAAGUGAUGGAUCCCUUCAUCAAAAAGCGGAGGGAGGAAAAGGGAAUGUACGAUUCCGGAGCGUCUACGAGUGGCAACAGCAACUUGUUGUCAUCUGGUGCCGCAGCUUCCAACGGGAAAGUGAAUCAACUGAAUGGAGUACCUUACACGCAGAAUUACUUCAACUUAUACAAAAAGCGCAUCACACUGCCGGUAUUUGAAUAUCGGACAGAUUUCAUGCGUCUAUUAUCCGAGCACCAGUGCAUCGUGUUGGUCGGUGAAACUGGUUCCGGAAAGACAACGCAGAUCCCGCAAUGGUGUGUGGACUAUGCCAGGGCAAGCGGAUGCAAAGGGGUCGCUUGUACACAGCCCCGUCGAGUAGCGGCUAUGUCGGUCGCUCAGCGAGUUUCUGAGGAAAUGGACGUCAUUCUGGGACAGGAAGUUGGCUACAGCAUUCGUUUUGAGGACUGUUCCUCGGCGAAAACCAUUUUGAAAUACAUGACCGACGGUAUGUUGCUGCGUGAAGGAAUGAGUGAUCCUAUGCUGGAAACAUACCAGGUGAUUCUUCUUGACGAAGCCCAUGAACGUACACUGGCAACGGAUUUGCUCAUGGGUGUCCUCAAGGAAGUGAUUCGUCAGCGGAACGAUUUGAAGUUGGUUAUUAUGUCUGCUACAUUGGACGCGGGUAAAUUUCAACAAUAUUUCGACAAUGCACCGCUGAUGAACGUUCCGGGACGAACACACCCGGUGGAAAUUUUCUAUACUCCGGAACCAGAAAGGGACUACCUAGAAGCUGCUAUUCGUACGGUCAUACAGAUUCACAUGUGUGAGGACGUCGAAGGUGACAUUCUAAUGUUCCUCACCGGUCAGGAGGAAAUUGAAGAAGCUUGCAAACGAGUUAAGCGAGAAAUCGAUAAUCUCGGACCGGAAGUCGGUGAACUGAAGUGCAUUCCUUUGUAUUCUUCGUUGCCUCCCAAUAUGCAGCAAAAGAUUUUCGAAGCGGCACCACCCAAAAAGCCCAGUGGUGCAAUUGGCAGAAAAGUGGUCAUUUCCACAAACAUUGCUGAAACAUCACUCACUAUUGAUGGAGUUGUUUUCGUAAUUGAUCCGGGUUUCUCCAAGCAAAAGGUAUACAACCCUCGUAUCCGUGUGGAGAGUUUGCUGGUUUCACCGAUUAGUAAAGCUUCAGCUCAGCAGCGCGCCGGUCGUGCUGGUCGUACAAGGCCAGGUAAAUGUUUCCGGCUGUACACCGAAAAGGCAUACAAAACAGAGAUGCAGGAUAACACUUAUCCUGAAAUUUUGAGAUCAAACUUAGGAACCGUUGUUUUACAGUUGAAAAAGCUUGGUAUCGACGAUUUGGUUCACUUCGAUUUUAUGGAUCCACCGGCGCCGGAGACUCUGAUGCGAGCGUUGGAACUUCUCAACUACUUGGCCGCCCUGGAUGAUGAUGGUAACCUUACGGACUUAGGAGCAGUUAUGGCAGAGUUCCCGCUGGAUCCACAACUGGCAAAGAUGCUAAUCGCGAGCUGUCAACACAAUUGUUCGAACGAGAUCCUUUCAAUCACAGCUAUGCUGUCGGUCCCGCAGUGUUUCGUACGCCCUAACGAGUUGAAAAAGGCCGCCGACGAUGCCAAGAAGCGCUUUGCCCAUUUGGAUGGUGAUCAUCUCACGCUAUUAAACGUAUACCACGCUUUUAAACAGAACAAUGAAGACCCAAGCUGGUGUUACGAUAACUUUAUCAACUACCGUUCGCUUAAAUCAGCCGAUAAUGUACGCCAGCAGUUGGCUCGGAUAAUGGAUCGGUUUAAUUUGAAACGUACAAGCACGGACUUCAACACCACCAACUACUAUUUCAACAUUCGAAAAGCUUUGGUGGAAGGUUUCUUCAUGCAAGUAGCAUAUUUGGAGCAAACAAAGCACUAUGUAACGAUUAAGGAUAAUCAGAUAGUGCAAUUGCAUCCAUCAACUUGCCUAGGUCACAGGCCGAAUUGGGUCAUGUACAACGAAUUUGUGCUGACCACUAAGAAUUACAUUCGAACCGUCACUGAUGUAAAACCGGAAUGGUUACUGACAAUUGCACCACAAUAUUACGACCUGAAUAAUUUCCCAGAGUGCGAGGCUAAACGUCAACUGGAGUUCAUAAACACAAAACUUGAAUCAAAGCAGUAUCAACAAGGAUUUUAGAUAAUAGUUUUCUGAAUUACAUCUGAUGUACCUUUGCACUUUUUUUUUAUCCGGUUCAUUUGUUUAGAUUCCCCACUUUCCAAUAGUUGUGAUUCUACAAUAAAGUGAAGAGUCCGAAAUAAAAUUAAAAAUGUCAAACCAGCGAUAUGGACAAAGCUAAUCAGCUACGUAAGAAUAUGUGCUGUAAAUCCACUGAAUUACUACUGAAAAUAAACGUACCACCUUCUAUGACAA